AUGGCAAAUCCUUCGCCUGCCACUCACGACUUUGUCACACUUGUCUCUAGCGAUGGCUUUGAGUUUGUCAUCCCCCGCAGCACAGCCUGUGUCUCUGGCACGAUACGUCGCAUGCUAGACUCUAGCAGUAAAUUCUCUGAGGCAAUCACAGGUCGCUGUGUUUUUGAAGAUAUCAAGUUCGUCGUCCCUGCAAAGCAGCGAUAA